GUCCGAUUACUAAAGCUUUACAAAAUACAAAUAUGGCGACUUCCAAGGCCAUACAAGGUCUCAAACAUGCAAAACCUAUUUUAUCCGCAGACAACGUGGAAGCUAGAAGGCGAGUCAUUAAUUUAUACCGCGCAUGGUAUAGGCAAAUUCGAUUUACCCUUAAUGACUAUGACCUGAAUCUUUCUCCUGAACAAUGUAAACUAAAGCUUAGGGAAGAAUUCAACAAGAAUCGCCAUGUAACAGACAUCAGAGUGAUUGACAUGCUGUGUAUCAAGGGUCAGCAGGAUCUUGAGGAGACGAAAAAUGUAUGGAAACAGGCAAAUCACGUGAUGGCAUACUUCAAACCAACACACAAUCCCAAACCUGAUGACUUUAUAUCAAAAUUUUACGAUGGUCAUGAACCAUAAAUUGUUUGCCUUUCAUUUUUGUUAUAUUAGAAUUAACUGUUGUAUAGAUGAAGCAAUUCGAACUUUCUAGAAUUUUUGUCAGACAGACUUGGCAUUUUAUUACCAGAAUUUUUUGUGUUUGUGAAAUUUGGUAGUACAACGUAUGUAUCUGAUUAAAUUAUAAAAAAUG